GUCUGCCACACAAAUAACAAGGUUCAGGAAAAAAAUCUUCUUCGUCAAAAUGAGAGAAAUCGUUCAUAUGCAAACUGGCCAAUGUGGUAACCAGAUAGGAGCUAAGUUCUGGGAAGUGAUCUCUGAUGAACAUGGUAUUGACCCAACUGGAACUUACCACGGUGAUUCUGAUCUUCAGUUGGAGAGAAUCAACGUUUAUUAUAAUGAAGCUACCGGUGGUAAAUAUGUACCCAGAGCUGUUCUUGUUGACUUGGAACCUGGUACCAUGGAUUCUGUACGAUCAGGACCAUUUGGUCAGAUCUUCCGUCCAGAUAACUUUGUCUUCGGACAAUCUGGUGCUGGUAAUAACUGGGCUAAAGGUCACUAUACAGAAGGUGCUGAAUUGGUAGAUUCCGUUCUGGAUGUGGUCCGUAAAGAAUCUGAAAGCUGUGAUUGUCUCCAGGGAUUUCAGCUGACCCAUUCUCUGGGUGGUGGAACUGGUUCUGGUAUGGGAACUCUCCUCAUCAGUAAAAUCCGUGAAGAAUAUCCAGAUAGAAUCAUGAAUACCUUCUCUGUUUGUCCUUCACCAAAGGUAUCUGAUACAGUUGUGGAACCUUACAACGCCACCCUCUCAGUUCAUCAACUGGUAGAAAAUACAGACGAGACUUACUGUAUUGAUAAUGAAGCUCUAUACGAUAUCUGCUUCAGAACCUUGAAGCUCACCACACCAACCUACGGUGAUCUCAACCAUCUGGUAUCAGCCACCAUGUCUGGAGUAACCACCUGUCUCCGAUUCCCUGGUCAACUCAACGCUGACUUGAGAAAACUCGCCGUCAACAUGGUACCUUUCCCUCGUCUCCAUUUCUUCAUGCCUGGGUUUGCUCCCUUGACCUCCAGAGGUUCCCAGCAAUACAGAGCCUUGACUGUUCCUGAACUCACUCAACAAAUGUUCGAUGCCAAGAACAUGAUGGCUGCCUGUGAUCCUCGUCAUGGUCGUUAUCUGACAGUAGCUGCUAUGUUCAGAGGUCGUAUGUCCAUGAAGGAGGUUGAUGAACAGAUGUUGAAUGUUCAGAAUAAGAACAGCAGCUAUUUUGUUGAAUGGAUUCCCAAUAAUGUUAAAACUGCUGUCUGUGACAUUCCACCAAGAGGUCUGAAAAUGUCUAGCACCUUUAUUGGAAACAGUACAGCUAUUCAGGAACUCUUCAAGAGAAUCUCAGAACAAUUUACUGCCAUGUUCAGGCGAAAGGCUUUCCUCCAUUGGUAUACUGGUGAAGGUAUGGAUGAGAUGGAAUUUACUGAAGCUGAAUCUAACAUGAAUGAUCUGGUAUCUGAAUAUCAACAGUACCAGGAUGCUACAGCUGAAGAGGAAGGAGAAUUUGAUGAAGAAGAAGCCGAAGCUGAUGAAUAAAGUAUAUGAAUCAUUCUAAUGGUAUAUUGAUUGGCUAUUGAUGUCUGGCUUUUAGAUAACGACACAGGUUUUUAAACGAGGGCAGCAUUUGCAUUAGGUUAACGAAACUGGCUUUUGGAUUACGGCACUCGCUUUGCAUAACGACAUUGGCUUUUGGAUAACGACACUGACUUUGCAUAACGAAACUGGCUUUUGGAUAAUGAGACUGAACAAGGAUAUUGGAAAAUGAAAAUGGCUUUUGAAUAACGAUAUCGGUUUUUGGCUUUUGAAUGAUAACACUGGCCUUUAAUAUUGGAAUAGGCUUUUGGAUAACGAUAUGGGUAUUUUAUAUGAGUAGCGUUUUAUACCAACUGUAAAUUUGUGUUGUAUGUGUGAGAUUUUAUCAUUGUUUUUUUUUUUAUUUGUGACAUUAUUUUCUUGCAUAUUAUGUAUCUUUAAAUAAUUGUAUUUACGGAUUUCCUUUGUAGUCUGUUGCCUCUAAUUUAUUUGUGUGCUUUUUACUUCCUUGAGAUUUAAUUUAAUGAUUUAUUUUUCAUUUCAUUUUGGACGACUUUGGUAUCAUUUUAUUUCACAAUAUAUUUUUAUUUUGCUAUCUUUUAUUUAUUGGUUUGCUUUGUAUUUUUAUUGAACUUAUUAAAAUUAAAUUUGAUUUUAUGUUUU